AUGGCUGAAUUAUUGAGAAGAACUUUUGAAGCAGCAAAGAAAGAAAACCGUAACGCUCUCGUUACGUUCAUGACUGCGGGCUAUCCUACCAUCGAAGAAACCAUUCCAAUUCUGAAAGGUUUUCAGGACGGUGGUGUCGAUGUCAUCGAACUAGGUAUGCCAUUCUCUGAUCCAAUUGCUGAUGGUCCAACCAUCCAACAUUCAAACACCGUGGCUUUAAAUAACGGUGUCACGCUAGCCAAAACUCUAGAAUUAUUGAAAUUGGCGAGAAACAGCGGUGUUACUAUUCCAAUUAUACUAAUGGGUUACUAUAAUCCAAUCUUAAACUAUGGUGAAGAACAAUUCAUUAAAGAUGCUGCUGUAGCAGGUGCAAACGGUUUCAUUAUCGUCGAUUUACCACCAGAAGAAGCUCUAAAAGUCAGAAACUACGUUCAAGACAAUGGUUUAAGUUUGAUUCCAUUAGUUGCCCCAUCAACCACAGAUGAAAGAUUAGAAUUAUUAUCCAAAAUCGCUAGCUCUUUCAUUUAUGUCGUUUCUAGAAUGGGUACUACCGGUGCUCAAACUUCUGUUGCCAAUGAUCUAGACGCUCUUGUCUCAAGAGUAAGAAAAUACACUGGUGACAUUCCAAUUGCCGUUGGUUUCGGUGUUUCCACCAGAGAACAUUUUACCGCUGUCGGUUCUUUAGCUGACGGUGUCGUUAUUGGAUCAAAAAUCGUCACUCUCUGUGGUGAAGCUCAAGAAGGUAAACGUUAUGACACUGCCAAGAAUUACGUCGAAGAAAUUUUAAAUGGCGUAAAACAUAGUGUUUUAUCAAAGGAAGAGUUCUUAAAAUUACAACAAAAUUCUAUCGAUGAGGCUCAUCAACAAAAGAAAUUAGUUGCUACAUUUGAAGAAAACCACAUCCAUCCAGUAAGAUUUGGUGAUUUUGGUGGCCAAUACGUUCCAGAAGCUUUACAUGCCUGUUUAAGAGAAUUAGAACAAGCUUUUGAGGAGGCGAUCGCAGACCCUGAAUUCUGGGAAGAAUUCAGAUCCUUAUACUCUUACAUUGGUCGUCCAUCUUCUCUACACAGAGCCGAAAGAUUAACCGAAUAUGUCGGUGGUGCUCAAAUCUGGUUAAAGAGAGAAGAUUUAAACCAUACCGGUUCCCAUAAGAUCAACAAUGCCUUAGCUCAAGUCCUUAUUGCAAAGAGACUGGGUAAGAAAAACAUUAUUGCUGAAACAGGUGCUGGUCAACACGGUGUUGCUACUGCCACUGCUUGUGCUAAAUUUGGUUUGAAAUGUACAGUCUACAUGGGUGCUGAAGAUGUUCGUCGUCAGGCUUUAAAUGUUUUUAGAAUGAGAAUCUUGGGUGCUGAAGUUGUUUCUGUCACUAAUGGUACAAAGACUUUGAGAGAUGCCACUUCAGAAGCCUUCCGUAACUGGGUCUCUAACUUAAAAACUACUCACUACGUUGUUGGUUCUGCAAUUGGUCCACAUCCAUACCCAACUUUAGUUCGUACUUUCCAAAGCGUUAUUGGUAAAGAAACUAAGGAACAGUUUGCUGCUCUAAAUGACGGCAAGUUGCCUGAUGCCGUUGUAGCCUGUGUCGGCGGAGGUUCUAACUCUACCGGUAUGUUUUCACCAUUUGAACAUGACACUAAUGUCAAGCUUCUGGGUGUUGAAGCUGGGGGAGACGGUAUCGACACUGACUACCAUUCUGCUACUUUAACUGCCGGUAGACCUGGUGUCUUCCACGGUGUCAAGACUUACGUGUUACAAGACAGUGACGGUCAAGUUCACGAUACUCACUCAGUAUCUGCUGGUCUAGAUUAUCCAGGUGUUGGCCCUGAAUUAGCUUACUGGAAAUCUAUCGGUCGUGCAGAAUUCGUUGCUGCCACCGAUGCUCAAGCUUUAGAAGGUUUCAAAUUACUCUCCCAACUAGAAGGUAUCAUUCCAGCCCUAGAAUCGUCCCACGCCGUUUACGGUGCCAUCCAACUUGCGAAGAAGAUGACCCCAGACCAACAUUUGAUUAUCAACGUCUCCGGUAGAGGUGACAAGGACGUUCAAAGUGUCGCUGAAGUUUUACCAAAAUUAGGUCCAAAAAUCGGCUGGAACCUAAGAUUCGAAGAAGACCCAUCUGCUUAA